AUUUAAUUUGUGGUCAAAGAGUAUCACCAUCUCUUUAAAAAAAGUUAAAACUGAAAACGUUUUUCUUGAACCCCAAUGGAUCUGCGCUCUGUCACCUACACUAAAACCUUCAAACCCGAAAGAGUGAAAGAAUAAAUAUGGAGUAGUGCAUAUAACACACAUUGGGCGCCAAUUUCAGUGUGGGAUGGAAGGAAGGAGAACGAGGAGGUCUCGCGGAGGCCAAAGCAAUGAAACUCUUUUGCCCUUGCGCGCGCAUCGCCUUUCCAACACCAUUUCUUGCUGGUAUUGUGACUUCAAGUUCUCUUUGUGGAACGAACCCCUCUUUGUAUUCGGACGGCGAUACUCUAGGUACUUGAGAUCUUGGUUUGCCAUGGGGGUUGGCUUUAGUCUUGCAGCUUUGCUUGGAGUGACUCUGAUUCUUCUCUGGGAAUUAAGUAGAACUCUGCGUCCAUACAAUGGAGAGGCCCAAUUCAGUUCUCUCUUAACUGGCUCCUUAAUUGGCAUUCCAUCUAAUCCUUCAGGUUUGACCAUCUCCUUUGCUGGCAUUGGAUACUUGUGUCUAUCUACCAUUAUAUCUGUAUCUGUGCACGAACUUGGACAUGCUCUUGCUGCUGCAAGUGAGGGCAUACAAAUGGUGUACAUUGCUGUGUUUUUGGCAGUAAUAUUUCCAGGUGCUCUGGUAGCAUUUAAUCAUGAGAUGUUGCAGGCAUUACCGAAACCCGCAGCUCUUCGUAUAUACUGUGCUGGAAUUUGGCAUAAUGCAGGACUUUGUGCUAUUUGUGCCAUUUCAUUGUUCAUCCUACCAUUAGUCUUGUUUCCUGUUUACAGACACGGUGAAGGACCCAUGGUUUUAAAUGUCGCAUCAACAUCACCACUGUCUAGAUACCUGUCUUCCUAUGAUGUGAUCCAUUCUGCCGAUGGUAUCCGCAUUAAUGAUGUUCAAGAGUGGCUUCAGAUUGGUACUCCCUUAACUGGGAAGGAAUACCAAAGAAAUUACAGUGCUUAUAAACACAGUAGCCGGAAAGGUUACUGUGUUCCUGAUUCAUUGCUUGAAAAGAGCAUUCAUGUUCAACUGAUAGACAAUGAAACAACUUGUCCAAAUGAUCUUAUAGACUUCGUAGAAACGCCAUGCCAGGAAAUGAGAUUGUCAGAUGAUUGGCAUGUGGAAAAUAUCUAUUGCUUGUCUGCCAAGGAUAUUUUAGACUUUAAGAAAUGUGGAGGCGGGUGGGAAAAGGCUUCUAGUAAUAGAAGCAGCUGCCCGUGCUCACAGGAAGAAUCUUGCCUUGCUCCGUUCCUAUUGCCUGGCGUUGCAUGGGUGGAGAUCACAUAUCUAAGGCCUUUUAUUCCAAGAUGUCAAAAGUCUCAAACAGCUCAUUUCCUAGAUGAUAAGAAUUCUGAUCUUGGCGGCAAGGGCUGCUCUCAGAGUUUUGUAUUUAUGGGUGACCUGGAAGCAAUGUUAGGUUCAGUUCAUCUGACCUCAUAUCAGCCUCGUUGGCCUAGUAAAUUUGGUGCCCAUUUCCCAAGCGCUCUGGAAAAGCUUUUGAUGUUUGUGUUUCACGUCUCUCUCGCACUUGCACUUCUCAACAGCCUGCCGGUAUAUUUUCUAGAUGGUGAAUCCAUUCUGGAGCUGACACUGCAGUACCUCUGGUUCUUGAGUCCCAGACAGAGGGAAGUGGCUCUUCAAUGUUGUCUACUUGGAGGGACUUUCAUUUCCAUCCUUGUCAUUUUCCGGAGUUUGCUUUUGUUUUAGUACUAAAAUCCCCCCUUUUUAAUAUAUCAGAGUGAGAAGUUUAAAAAGAGCAAGUCUUGAGAAGAAAGAGGUUGAGGGGCU